AUGGCAUCGAACGAUUCUAAUAAAAUAAGUUCCUUAUACCCUUCUCCUCCACCUUAUAUAAAGUUUUUCACCGAUGAAAAUGUUAAAAGAUUACCAGAGUACAUGAAACAGAGACCCACACCUGUUGAAACCACCGAAGAUGAGCCUCCGAUUACUAAUGAAUUGGAGUUUUUAAUCCCCCCAAAGAUGCCCAAAUCCCAACAUUAUAGAGCCUUUGGCAGUGUUUGGCAGAUUAAAGAUCAAUUACUCGAUUUGGAGACCAUGGGGAUUACCCAAUUGUAUAUAGGUGCCAAAGAUGGAGAAGUCACUAAUUAUCAAUAUAAGAUACAAGAAUUAAGACGAUUGCUAAAGUCUUUAUUAUUAAAUUAUUUAGAACUUAUUGGAAUCCUAAGUAUAAAUCCACCCUUGUACGAACCAAAAGUAGAACAUAUUAGGACCAUUCUAAUUAAUAUACACCAUUUAUUAAAUGAAUACAGGCCCCAUCAAUCGAGAGAAUCGUUAAUUAUGCUCUUAGAGGAGCAGCUGGAAUAUAAAAAGGAAGAAAUCAAAAACAUCGAAGCUACAUGUGAACAAGUGAAACAAAAAUUGAAACAAAUUCAAGAAUCCUUAACCUUAACAUAA